AUGGCCGCGCUGCGCUUCGGGGAGCCCCCGGCGGAGCCGCCCGCCUUCCCCGCGGGCAGGUGCGGGGGCGGCGGGCCGGGCCCGGCCUCGCCCGCCCUCAGGGCGCUUCCCCCGGCCUCGCCCUCCGAGGGGGCGCCGGCGGCCUCGCAGCGUCGGAAGCGGACGAGCUUCACGGCGGCGCAGCUGGAGACGCUGGAGCUGGUUUUCCAGGACACCAUGUACCCCGACAUCUACCUGCGGGAGAAACUGGCCGACGCCACGCAGAUCCCCGAGUCCCGCAUCCAGGUGUGGUUCCAGAACCGCCGCGCCAAGUCCCGCCGCCAGCGGGGGCCCGCCCCGGCCGGCCCCGGCCCCGCCGCGCCGCCGCCCCGCUUCGCCGCCCUGCGCGCCCCGCAGCGGCCCCGCUGCGCCCUCUCCGCGGCCGCCCGCACGGAGGACGGCUGCCCCUACGCGUGGCCGCCGGCCGCCGGCUUUCCCCCCGGCCCCGGUUUCGAGGGCUUCCCGCCCGGGCAGCCCGGCGGGGCCGAGCCCGGCCCGUUCGCGGGGAGCGCCGCCGGCCCCUUCCCGCCGGCCCGCGCCUUCUGCGGGCAGUACUCCCCCGUGUCGGACGCCGAGGACACCAGUGGCUACUCAGAGUCGGGCUCGGAGUGGGAGGAGAACGCGCUCGGCGCUUUCCGCGCCCUGUGAGCGCCGCCGCGGCGGGACCGGCCCCGGCAGGGGUAACCGGACGGGUUAAGCCCUCCCGCCGGAGCCCGUCCCGCUGCUCGGGCGGGGAGCAGUCACACACCGCGCUACCUCACUGCUGCUCUGCCACUGUUGCACUUUAUCCGCUGGUAACUGAUUGUACCUAUUUAUUUAAGAGAGAUACGGGUCGGCUCCAUCAGCUGAGGGCAUCUUUUU